AUGACAGUUAGGUUUGAAAGAAAAUGUUACGGCAUCCCUUACCUCAAGUAUCAGCAUGUGUUGACAAUCUUCACUUCCAUCUCAAUUAUACUCACAUCUAUUAAGAUAGCAGGAUACACAACGGGGGGGAUGAGCGGGCUGUAUCUCAUAUCUUUGACAUACCGCAAGAGGUCUCGAGCAAAUUUCGCAGUGAUGUUGUUUUUGUCGGUUUGCAGUUUAUUUCAGUCAUCCUAG